AUGAGGAGCCUUGUGUCACUCUUCUGGAGUCUGGCUGCCUUGGGCACCUUGGUGGACGCCGCCAGCAUUCCUCGAUACUUUGAAAGACAGCCCAGGACCCGCCACAACUUGGACAGCGCUCUAGUCCAGCGUGAGCUUGGUGAACUGGCGUCCGACUCCAUUGUCAUCUUCGGGCCGGGCGAUGACCGCUAUCCGGAGGCCAUAGCAAGAUGGAACAUGUUUGCUGUGCCUCAGAUCCAAGUCGUCGUCGUGCCCGGCGAGGAAUCCGAUGUUUCCAUCAUUGUCAAAUACUGCAAUGAGAACAGCAUCGCGUUCUUGGCCAUAAACGGCGGCCAUGGAAACCCGAACAGUCUGGGGACUUUUAACGGUAUCCAGAUCAGGAUGGAAGCUCUCGACAACAUUGACAUCCAGCCCGAUGGGAAGUCGGCCUGGUUCGGAGGAGGUGCCCGCGGCGGCCCGGUCACGAAGCAGCUUUGGGACCUUGGUUACGUGACCACGACCGGCUCUUGCGAGUGCGUCGGUUUGCUUGGUGCCGGCCUCGGGGGCGGCCACGGACGCCAUGAAGGUCCUUACGGAAUGAUCAGCGACAACAUCCGCCAGCUCAAUGUCGUUCUAGGGAAUGGCUCAGCCAUUCGAGUCAACGCAACAAGCCACAGCGAUCUCCUAUGGGGGAUGAAGGGAGCGGGCCAUAACUUUGGCAUCGUCACAAGCGCAGAGCUGAACAUUUUCCCACGAGGCCCGGACACAUGGCACUAUCACAAUUACCUUUGGCGUGGCGACAAGCUCGAGGCCGUGUUCAGCGCUCUCAAUGACUUCCACGACAAGGGCAAUACUCCGGUCAACAUGACCACCAACUUCGGAAACUUCUUGGUGAACGCCAGCAUCACGACCGAUGAGCCCAUCAUCUGGUGGACAUUUGCCUACCGUGGAACUGCCGCGGAGGCCAACAAGCACUUAGCGCGAUUCGACGCCAUCGAGUCCGCCUACGAGGAAUCCGGUGACAUUCCCUACACUCUAGUAGCCAAGGCUCAGCAAACCGCCGAGGAUGACUUCAUUUGCUUGCCGGGCAACAUCCGAAUCACGACGACAGCGGGCUUGCAGCUGUACAACAUCACGGCCGAGCGCCAGAUCUUUGACGGAUUCCAGCGACGUAUCACCACUGAGCCCGAACUUGCCGUAGGCUGUGGCAUUCUUCACGAGGGUUACUCUACCGAGGCCGUUGGCGCCCAGAACCCGGCCGACUCGGCGUACCCUUUCCGUGCCGACCACCACCUGAUGCUUUUCGACGCAGUCGUGCCUCCCAACAACCCGGCGCUGGAGAGGGCCGCCUGGGAAUGGGCGAAGGAGGUCCGGGAUCAGUGGAACGGCGGUCAGCCAACCCGGCCCGUCAAUGCCUACGUCAACUACGCCAACGGCUUCGAGACUCUCGAGGAAAAGUACGGUCACGAGUCCUGGCGCCUGAGAAGGCUUCGCGGCCUGAAGGCGAAAUAUGACCGCGAUAAUAAGUUCCGUUACUUCAACCCCAUCGUCGGACGGCGAGGCCAUUAA